CUCUUGACCUUUCCGACAUUUUAUGCGAGGCACUCUGUCGAAUCAAGAUUUGAUAACAUUGGGAAGAUUGGAGAUAUUAGAUUUACUCUAUAAUUUAAUGGAAGGGGGUAUUCCUCAAAAUAUUGGGAAGCUAUACUAUCUUAAAGCUCUGUAUUUGGCAAAUAAUGAUUUCAAUGGCUCUUUGCCGUCCCCAGGGUUGUGUGAAUUGAAGAGACUUCAAGUGUUAGAUAUUUUUCAUAAUAGAUUUGAAGGAACUCUUCCUCCUUGUCUAAGCAAUUUGACAUCUCUUAAGAUUCUUGAUCUGCAUCAUAACCUCUUCAGCGGUUCCAUUACCCCAUAUUCAAUACCAAGCCUAACGUUUCUUCAGUUCAUGGAUAUUAGCAGUAUUGAUUUGAAGGUUCGUUCUCUUUUAGCUCGAUAUUCAAUCACUCCAAGCUUGAGGUAAUCGUACUUGGGAGCAGAGAAAACAAACUACAGAUUGAUAAUGAUGAACAAGUUGGGAUUCCGUUGUUUCAACUAAAGGCAUUGCAGCUUUCGAAUUGUAACAUGAAGAAUGCUCCUCGGUUUUUGCUAAACCAGCAUCGGUUAAUAUGGGUUGAUAUCUCGCACAAUAGGUUGAGCGGAGCCUUGUCUUUCUGGUUGCCUGAAAAUAACACUGAUCUAAAGUUUCUGAACCUUAGGAAUAAUUUGUUUAUUGGGAAUCUCGACCCUUUUCCGGAGAAUCCUAUGAGUGGUAUGGUUUAUAUGGAUGUAUCACACAAUCGUAUUGAAGGGCUUCUUCCAAUGGAUCUUGGACUCCCAUCCUGUAACUUGUUCGAAGGCGAGCUCCCAUCCUCGGUUGGUGUCAUGAGGAAGUUGUCAUUGUUGGAUUUAUCCUUCAAUAAUUUAUCAGGGGAAUUCCACAGGAAUUUGUAGAAAAUUGCAUUGAUCUAGUUGGUUUGAUGUUAAACAACAACAAUUUUAAUGGUGAAUUUUUUUCCACUCACUUUAACUUGAGUGGAGUACAAGUGUUGAGACUGGGGAACAAUAAGUUCGCCGGAAGUCUGUUAACAAAGAAGGAAUUCUAUAGUUCCAUGAAACUCUUAGAUGUUAGCAACAACAACAUGGCUGGGGAG